UUUCUUCAGAAUAAGCUUUUCUGUUUAUUUUCUUUCUUUUCUCUCACUAAAUAUCUAUAUGUUCCCUGAUUCUGCAAAAAAAGAAAAAACCUCUUCUUUUCUCUUUCUCUUCUACUGUUAAAGUUCGAGCUGUUCUACUUCAGUUACACUCAAAAGAAUCAUUCACAGUUUUUUUGAAGAAAUAAAUUAAUUCUUUUCUUCAGCUGAAAUAAUUCAGAGAAUUGGCAAACUCUUCAAGCUUGUAUAUGUAUAUAUGGUUUCAGUUACAGAUCACUUUAAGCUCUGCAUAAUUCUGUCAGUUUUAAUAAAAUAACGAUCUCAAUAUUUUUUUACUCUCUUUUUGAUCUUUUGUUUUGCGAAAUUAGUUUUCUCUUUUAAUUUUUUUAGAUUGAAUUAGUAUUUGUCAAGUGGAGAUCUUGUUGAAAGGUUGUUUAAGCAUUGAUCCAGUUCACUGGUAAUGAUUUGUUAGCUUAACUGUUAAUUACGUUAUUGAAUUUUCUGUUUUCGAUUGUUUGGUUGCUGAGAAAGCUUGAGGAAAAGAUAAGAAAAAGUUUUUUGGCUGUUAUUUUGAAGAGAAUGUAAAAAAUCAGUUUCAGGUUAAAUUAAUGCAAGCUGAAUGUUUUAAAUUCUUUUCUAAAAUCUUACUUAAUUUGUGUUUUCUUUCAAAGUGCCUAUUAAGGAAAGAUCUAAGGCAAUGGAGUUCUUGUUUUUGUUUUUUCUUUUUGCAGGAAAAUAAAAUGGCGCAGAGUAAUUGGGAAGCUGAUAAGAUGCUUGAUGUUUAUAUUCAUGACUAUUUGUUGAAAAGAAAGUUGCAUGCUUCUGCGAAAGCUUUUAUGACUGAAGGAAAGGUUGCAACAGAUCCAGUAGCAAUUGAUGCGCCAGGAGGAUUUCUUUUUGAGUGGUGGUCUGUCUUUUGGGACAUAUUUAUUGCAAGGACAAAUGAGAAACAUUCUGAGGCCGCUGCAGCUUACAUAGAGGCACAACAAAUUAAAGCAAGAGAACAACAGCAACUACAAAUGCAGCAGCUGCAACUAAUGCAGAACCGCAAUGUGCAGUUGCAGCGAAGGGACUCGAAUCAUCCUGCUCUCGGUGGUUCUGUAAAUACUAUUAACUCUGAAGGAAUGAUGGGACAGUCAUCAACCAGUGUAUUGGCCAUGAAAAUGUAUGAAGAAAGUGUGAAACACACUCAUUCUGUGGAUUCAGAGACAUCAUCAGCGCUGAUUGAUGCCAAUAGGAUGGCCCUUCUGAAAACACAGGCCAAUCAUCAAGGCCAGCUGGUGCAAGGUAGCCCUGGAAAUAUGUCAGCAGCUUUGCAACAAAUCCAGUCACGAACACCACUGAGCACUGAUAUCAAAAGUGAAGUUAAUUUGGGUGGAAGUCAAAAAAGCUUACCUAUGGAUCCCUCAUCCAUCUAUGGACCGGCAAUUUUACAACCUAAAUCUGGACUAGGUGGUGCCGGGCUGAGUCAGAGUGUCUCUGGUCUCCCAUUAAGGGGUUGGCCUCUAACUGGAAUUGAUCAGUUACGGCCAGGUUUGGGUUUUCAAAUGCAAAAGCCUAAUCUGCAGACUCAAAAUCAAUUCCUUUUGGCAUCACAACAACAGCACAUGUUGGCACAAGCUCAGUUACAAGGCAACCUUGGAAAUUCAACAAACUUCGGGGACACUGAUCCUCGUAGGUUUGGUCAAUUGUCUAGGGGUAACUUGAAUCCAAAAGAUGGUCAAUCUGGUAGAAACGAUGGAUCCAUAUGCUGCCCUGUGCAAUCAUGUUCUCCAAAGCAGAUGAAGAUGGGUCAAAUGUCACAUUCUUCCUCUCAACAACAGGACCAAUUGCAACAGCAGCAGCAGCAGUCGCAGCAAGUGCUACAGAAUAACAGAAAAAGGAAACAACACUCUUCUUCUGGAGCAGCUAACAGCACUGGCACAGGAAACACAGUUGGCCCUUCACCAAAUUCACCACCGUCAACUCACACACCUGGUGAUGCAAUAACUACUGCAACCAGUUUGCAGCAUGUUAAUAGUGUUUCUAAAAGCAUGACAUAUGGUGCAGAUGCAACAGCUGGUCUUACAUCAUCUUCCAAUCUAUUGGAAGACAUAGACAGGUUUGAUCCAUUGGAUGAAAAUAUGGAGACACUACUUUCACAUGAUGGAGGUGAUGGAAGGGACAUCUAUGGAACUGUUAAACAAAGUCCUAGUGAGCACCAAAAGGAGUCUGCUAAAGGCUUCACUUUUGCUGAGUUUGGUUGUAUACAGACCAGAAAUAGCAAAGUUACUUGCUGUCAUUUUUCUUCUGAUGGGAAGUUGCUGGCUAGUGCUGGGCAUGACAAGAAGGUGGUGCUUUGGAAUAUGGAUACCCUGCAAACAGAGAGUACUCCAGAAGAACACAAAUUGGUCAUUACAGAUGUACGCUUUAGGCCAAAUUCAUCUCAGUUGGCAACAGCUUCUGUUGAUAAAUCUGUGCGAUUAUGGGAUAUAGCCAAUCCAAGCUUUUGUGUGCAAGCAUACAAUGGCCACACUGCACCUGUGAUGUCCCUUGAUUUCCAUCCGAAGAAGACAGACCUGUUUUGCUUUUGUGAUAAUGACAACGAAAUUCGCUAUUGGAAUCUUAAUACAUUCUCAUGCACACGCAUGUUCAAGGGAGGUACAGCCCAAGUGAGAUUUCAACCAAGAAUUGGACAUUUGCUAGCUGCAGUGUCAGAUAAAGUAGUUUCUAUCUUUGAUGUUGAAGCUGAUAGGCAAACAUUUUCCUUUCAGGGGCAUUCAGAGAUGGUAAACUAUAUAUGCUGGGAUGCAAAUGGAGAUUAUUUGGCAUCUGUGAGUCACAGCUUGGUAAAAGUGUGGUCAGUGGCUUCAGGGGAGUGCAUUCAAGAACUAAGUUCUGGUGGGAACCAGUUCCACUCUUGUGUUUUUCACCCAAGUUAUUCAACUCUUCUGGUGAUUGGAGGAAUUUCGUCCUUGGAGCUGUGGAACAUGGCCGAGAAUAAGAGCAUGACAAUUCCAGCUCAUGAGAACAUAGUUUCAGCGUUGGCGCAGUCGCCUGUCACAGGAAUGGUUGCAUCAGCAAGUCAUGACAGCUCUGUUAAGCUAUGGAAAUAACCCUUAGAAACGUGGUAAAAUGGAAUACAUGGGGAGCAAAAAGCACUGCUUCCAGUCCCAUGGAAAUUGGGGAAGAAAGUGAGGUCAAACUGGUAAUUACAAAGCGUGGAAGCUGUUUCAGCUGUGGAUGUAUAAAUAAAUAUAUAAUGUGUGUAAUUUAUUUUGCGUAUUCUUGGUAAGUUUGCUAUAUCUAGUAGUAGCUUGUGGGCUUAGGGUGAGAAUGGUAGCAUACUAUUCCUAUUCAUAACACCAUGGUCAUAUCCUUUUGUCAGUAUUAUACGUAAGGUACCUCCAUGUUUUUCCAUUACUGAUAAAAGGACUGAUUUCUCAAUUAUUAAAAUGUUAUUCA